CACCUGAACCAUGGAAUGAUUUCAAAGAUAUCUUGAACCCUUAUGGUUUCAAAGAUCUCCUGAACCAUGGAAUGGUGUCAAAGAUAUCUUGAACCGUUAUGGUUUUAAAGAUUUCUUGAACCCUGAACCAUAAAUCUUUUGAUGUGGAUAAGAUGUUUCCAAAAACAAAGUGACAUUCUUCACAGAAUUUGAAAUCCUUUUUAUGAAGGUUGACGAAUUUCAGAUCAAUGACAGAUUAGCUUAGUGCCAGUUUUCCUCAUUGCAAUAUUAGAUUUUAUUUAGAAUGGGAGUAGUUUUCUCUGCCGUCACCCCUUCAUCAGUAAUCACAAACAAGUUGUGUGAUGAGGAUCGUAAAUGGAUGGAACUAAAUACAAAAAUAAAGCCCGGUGAUAUGGAUUCUGAAUAUAACAAGUUUUAUAAAAAAUAUCCAAAAGGAGGAAUUUAUAGACAUCAGUUUGCAAAUCUGUUUCCUUCAAUGAUGACAGUUCAUUUCUGCGAUCAUGUAUUCAGGACCCUAGAUCUGGAUGGAAACGGAUAUUUAGAUUUUAAAGAGUUUAUGAUGGCAAACGAUCUUGUGAAUGCUAAAACUCCAGAGGAUAAACUCAGCUGGGCAUUUAAAGUGUAUGAUGUUGAUAAGAGUGGAGCUAUUGAUCAAAAAGAGAUGGUUCGAGUAAUGAAAUCUAUUUAUCUCAUGGUCGGGCAUACCGAGACCAAUAGAGAUGCUUUACAGGAUCAGGCUGAAGCACAUGCUGUAAAACUGUUUAAAGCUCUAGAUGUGGAUGGGGACAAGGAACUAUCAGAAGAAGAAUUUAUAAAGGGUUGCAAGGAGGAUAAGGAGUUGAUGGCUAAACUCCAGAAACUUGUUGAAGAACUGGUUCCAAAGAAGAAAUAAUUUAAGAUUUUGUAAAAACACAUCAAAUAAAAUUAAGAUUGAU